CUGCCUAUUUUACGAACCUAUUUCGAAAAUCCGGGAAUGCUAAGCCACAAUUUAAAGUCCAAGGAAUCCUCCUCAAUCGUUAUUUUUUCUAUAAAAGAAGUUCUUGUGGGAAAAUAACUCAUUGAAACUUUUCCGGGGGACGGGAGAGGACCGACCCGUCACCACAAAACUGAACAAAACCCGUAUUUAGAGACAUCCCACUGCCCUACAUGAAGCGUAGCGAAGUUUCGUUACACUUUUUUCUACUCAGUGCAAUUGGUCAGCACUCACAAAGACUUACCCACAAGGAAAUAUCCACAUUUGAACGACGAGCGUCCAGAAUGGCGUCCAAUAACCUUCGCACUUCCAAACCAUUUUGAUGAUACAAAUCACACUUAUUUCUUGAAAAGAUGCCUCCUACGCCACACUAAAUUUCUUGCAGAAUCUGAUUCAAGUCGCGGAUGCAUAAAUGGAGCCACAGAUUAUUGGAUCGGACUCGAUUAAGAUGACGGUGAAGAGCAAAGCCAUUCGAAGUGUUGUUUUGGAUCGCUGUCUGCUAGACCGGAUGUUGUCGCGAGGAUGGCAAAUUCAUAGUGCGGUUUGGAUUUGUUUACAUUUUCUCGUAGCAGACGUAUGUGUGUGUGUGUGUGCGGUGUUCGCUGUGUUGUGCUCUGUGCUCUGUAAUUCCUAUUUUGCUAUUUGAUCAAGAGUUCUCUCCAGUGUACGUAUUAAUGGAGGAAAACAUUGGAAAUGGCUUGUUUUAACAAUAUAUAACAUCACCAGCCUUUGUUUCCAGGCUCCAAAAUGAGUCAAGAUCUAUUUGCCGAUGAAGAGGACAAUGUAUAUUUAUUUGAUACCACCGAGGAUGCUGUCGAAUUUAGUGGAAUAAGUGGAAGUGGUACUUCGUCGUCGCCAGGUAGCCAGCAGUUACUUCAAACACCUGCUCCUACUCCAGCACCUGCUCCAGAACCAGCCUCCUCCUCAAAACGUCAGGAGUAUCCCUGCACUGUUUGUAAGAAGGUGCUCAAAACCCUCAAAGGUUUCGAGGGGCACAUUGCUCGUCAUGCUCAGACCACUGGACCAGAGACCAGUACAACACGAGCAUCGACAGUCAAAGCAGUUCCACCAUCUAGUAAGGCACAGGCGGAAAAGCUUUAUAAUUGUACCGAGUGCAAGUCAAAAUUAAAAACCAAAAGUGGGUUUGUGAGGCAUCGUGCUGCCCAUAAAAUGAAAAAUGCUUUGCAACUUAGGCCAGCCCCUUCUGAAUUUCUUUUGAGCUACCUUCCCGAUAUUAUCAAGAAAAUAAUUUUGGAUAUUAAGGCUGAGCCAAGUGGUGGAAGCUCAAAAGCCUUGUUUCUGUCUCAGUUAAUAGAAAUGUCUGAAGAUGACAAGUGGCUGAACUUUGUACAGGAUUUAGGAAACUUCAUCUCUGGAAUUGUGUUAGAAAAGCAGGCCAAAGUUUUACCUGCUAACCAGUACGAGGAAAUGCAGAAGAAACUGAAUUCCUAUUUAAAUGAUAAUAUCGAGAACCUUGGGAACAAAUUGAAGCAAUUAUGUCCAGUGGAAAUUGAUUGCUCCUUGGCUCAGCGCUUAGUGUUUCGAAUUGCAACCAAACUGCUACAAGAAACACAGAUAUGGGCCAUGCAAAAAAUGAGACCCACUUUUACCGAAGAAGAUUUAGUACUACAGCAAGAAAUGAGUGAGUCUGAAGAGAAAAGCUUCUUGGGAGAAAUAGGUGGCUUGCUAAGAAGUUUUUUUAUGAAAUCACUUCAGCAGUCCAACCAACAGAGUCAAAUGCAGAGCCAAUGCAUAAAAGAAACAUUUGUUGAUGGUCCUCAUCCCAUCAGUAGGUCUCAAUUUCUCAUAAAAACUAACUGGUUUUCUGGAGAAGAUGAGUGCAUUACAGUAAGUUACCAUGCUGCCCACUUUUUAAAAAAAAUUGAACUUGAAAUAAUACCAGCAUCUGUGAAUCCAUGUAGCUCUGAGGAGGUAGUUGAAAAUGUAUUAGCUUUCCAAGAAUUGUUGGACCACUGGUACCAUUUGACAAAAGCCUACUUCUCAGAAGAAAAUUCCCUUUUAUUUCUGAGGAAGAUAAUAGCUUCAUAUGUCAAGUUGUCCGUUGUUUUUGAAGAGAAGAGAGGCAACAGAUUGGAAGAAAAAUCGGUGAGAGCAUCCACAGCCCCACUCCGCACUCAUCUUCAACACAAUUUGUUGGAAAGGGAAGAAGAGGAUGAAGAUUUAAUUUAGAAGAUUGUUAAUUCAAUUAAAGAGCCAAUACUGAGAUAUUUAAUAAGCACAUAAACAUAAUAUUUGACAUAGAAAUAAUUCCAUUUCUCUUUCUUAACUGACAUGUUCAAUCCUUUGACACAAAUUGUAUUAUUAUUUUAACAUCUUGUAAUAAAAUGACUAAAAAUUCUGACAAAAUAUUGUGUUAUUUAUAUACAAUUUCUAAAGCACACACAACUAAGAAAGGAUCAGGGGGCAUACACUUUCAUUCCUCAUUCAUUUGAUCUUCUUGGUGCUUUUCUUGAUUGUAAGGGAGUAGAAUCCACUUCAAAAUCUUUUCUCUUCGAUACUGAUGUAUUUCCUUUCCGAGAUGCCAGAGAAAGAGACCCUUGGGCAUGUAUGUUCAUGCGAUCAUCAUGAACAUUUUUGAGAGUGGGGUUUCUAUUGUCACCAUGCUUUCUUCGUAUUUUACCGAAGUACUGUUCCAAUGGAUCUUGAUUAAAGACCCUUGCGCAGACAGAUGGAGCUCCAACUACAUCCAGCAUGUACCGUAUUGCGCCUGUGAUUCCCUUCACAGUCACUUGCAUGGCCCCCAAAGCUUGAUGGCUUAUAAUCAUACGGCUUCUUUCAUCAUUAGUAAAAAUCCCUGGUCUGUUGAUAACUUCAGUCUUCCACUCUUCAAAGUAAUUCAGAAAUUCAUCUUCUAAGAAAUUAAGCCUUUCAUCACUUGAGGAUGUGAAUGGAAAUUUAUCUGGAUUAUUCCCUUCAUUGGUCUCAUCUCUUCCGUUC